GAAUAAACAGCUGCUAAAACAGAUGUUUCUACAAGCAAUAUUUGAACCAUUUGCUUUGAUUUUCAUUGUUUUGAAUUGUGAUAAUAUAAAUUCUAUUGACUAAUUUUCGAGUGUUCAUGAAAAGUGAUUUUGGAAAACAACAUUUUGAAAUUUUCUCUUCGUUUUUUCGCUCUUUGUGAGAGUAACUUGCAAUAUCCUUCUUCCUGAUAGCAUCUACCAGCAGUGAACAUACAAACAUUUUGUAUUGAACUGUGAAAAUAAGAAUUUUAUUGAUUAAUUUUCAAGUGGUGAUAUGAUGUGAUUAAUAAAAGGAACAUUUAGAUAUAAUAUUUUAUUGCUAAUUUCUGUCAUACUACAAUUCAAUAAUAGUUGUUUUCGAUUCGCCAUUUUUCUUUUUGUUGUCUUUGCGCUUUGCUCUUAUGUUAAAAAAUUGAAAUGUAAGUCGAUAACAAAUGUAAUGCAACACCAAAGUUAAGGAGUUGAAUUAGUAUAAGAGAUUUUAAAAAUAAUUUCGUAAGAACUAGGACGUUUUCCAGCCGCACGAUUUUAUAUAAUUGAAUAGUGACCUAUACUUAAAAUAUGUAUACGAGUAUAUUGAGUUGUACCUUAUUCUUUGGAAACUACUUGAAUAAAGUGUAGCAUUAUCUCGUGUCUGGGAAAAUAAAGUAAAUAUUUUUACUGUAAGAAACUAAGGAGAAAAAACUUCAUAAAAGAACCUAAAAUGUCUCGUACUGAAAGUCGGAUUUAUAUUGGGAACUUGCCUCCAGAUAUUCGUACAAAGGAUAUCCAGGACUUAUUUCAUAAAUUUGGCAAAGUAACAUUUGUCGACUUAAAAAACAGGCGUGGUCCGCCAUUUGCAUUUGUGGAGUUUGAAGAUGCUCGGGAUGCGGAGGAUGCAGUAAAGGCCCGUGAUGGUUAUGACUAUGAUGGUUACAGGUUGCGUGUAGAGUUUCCUCGAGGAGGCGGACCAGGUAGUUUCCGUGGCAAUCGUAAUGACCGUAAUCGCAAUGAUGGUGGUCGUGGUGGUGGUGGUGGCGGUGGCGGUGGAGGUCGUGGUCCGCCUACCAAGCGUUCGCAAUAUCGCGUUAUGGUAACUGGCUUACCAUCUUCUGGCUCAUGGCAAGACUUAAAAGAUCAUAUGAGAGAAGCGGGUGAUGUGUGCUUUGCUGAUGCGUAUAAGGAUGGAACUGGUGUUGUUGAAUUUUUGCGACAUGAAGAUAUGAAAUAUGCUAUAAAAAAAUUGGACGACUCUCGCUUUAGAUCUCACGAGGGAGAGGUCUCAUAUAUACGAGUACGUGAAGAUUCCGGUGAAGGCGAUCGUGGCGGUCGGGGGCAACGAGGUGACCGUUCCCGCUCUUUUUCACCACGUGGUCGUCGCCGUGGGUCGCCAACUUAUUCUCCUGUUCGACGUUCAUAUUCCAGAUCAAGAUCUCGCUCCCGCUCGAACUUAUAAAUUGCAUACAAAAAUAUGGCGGAAUACGAUACCAUUCAUCGAAUAAACAUACGGAUUGUCAUAAGUAUACUCACUGCAAAAUUAAUGUUUCCGCAUACAUAAGCUUUCUAAUAAUGGAGUUUACAAAUUUUGAGGCAAGCAUGACUUGUUAAAAUACAUUCUAUUUUAAACAUUUAUAAUAUUACUUUUUAAAUUUCCUAACUGAAUUCAGUAACAUUUUUUGAAUUUUAAUUGCAUCUGCUUUGGACGUAAGUAACUUUUACCGGUAUCGAAGAAGAUGCAAAUUAUUGUAAUUUUCCAUAAGCGAUAAACUAACUGAAUUAAAUUUAAUAAAAAAAGUAAAAUUAA